AUGGUUCCCUGGGUGGAUGUGCACACGGCCACACGGCGGACCCGGGAGAAGGUGAUCGCGUCAACGUUCCUGCCCUACUGGAAUGCCGAAGGCAUCUUCCGCCAGCUGCCGGAGAGCGCGCAGCUCGGCCCGGGCUCCCCGGGCACCCCGGGCCCAGCUCCCGACCGAGCGAAGGUGGCGAAAGCCAAGGCGGCGCCGGGGUCCCACCGGGCGCAGCCCAAGCAAGGCCGCCCAGCCAAGCCCAAGCCCCGGCCGACGGCUGCGGCGCUACGUGGUGCGCAGAGUGCCGUGUCGGCAGGGCGCCUGGCUGCAGAGGUGCGGGGGCAGCUUUUGCAGCUGUGUGCGGCUGCAGGGCUGGAGCCGCCUGAGCUUCAGGGCGAGGUGGCCCGAGCGCCGCCGACCCCCACCCCGGCGCCAGUUGCUCCGGCGAUGUCGGCGCCGCCGCGGCGCCGGAGCUUGGCAUCGCAGCUGCGGCUGGCGGCGCAGCAGCGCGCGCGGGAGGAGUUGGAGCUGCGGAGGGCGCAAAGGCACUGCCGGGCGGCGGGCACGCAGACGGAGGAGGUCUACGAGAUUUGCCUGAGGGCAAGCCGUGAGGAGCCGCUGAAGCCCAAGUGUGCGGAAGCGCUGCUGGACCACCAUUGGCAUGUGGCGCCUGUGGCGCCUUCGCACGCGCCACCAUUCCAGGAGCUGUGGGUGGCGGACGCGCCACACGGCCACGUGGCAGAGCCAGACAUUGUGGUAGGUGAAGGUCAGGUAACUUCCACCUCUGGAAGUCCUGCCUCACCCCCCUUGCCACAGCUGGAGGCCAUGUCGACGUGGGAGGUUGUGCCUGCACUGCCGCAGGGUGUCAUGGCCAGUUCCCAGGUGCCGCAUGUUUGGCACCCGGCUCCUAGCCCCCCGACGGUGCCUGACGACAGCCCGGGCAGAGACUUUGCCUCGUCGCCCCGCGCGUUUCUCCCAGCCCGUUUGCCGCCCUUUGCGGCGCCUCGCGCGCCGCCGAGCGACCGCGGAGCGACGGCGACGGAUAAGGCGACGGCCUGUGACUAUGACGUCUCCGUACUGGAGGCGCUGCGCCGCAAGGGGGCGCGCACGCCAAUGCCUGGCCUAGAUGCUCCAAGCGCCCAAGCCGUCCCAACUACAGAGACCGCAAUUCAGGCUGCGCUUGGCGCGAGUGCUGAGAUGAGCGCGCGUGAGGCAAAGUGGGAGGAAGACUUGACGCGCCCUGCGCCCGAUGAUGGCCUCAGUGGCAGCCCUGGCAGCGCUCCCAAGCCUCCUGAAAGCCCAGCCGCCAGUUCCGCUGGCACUCCCCCUCCUAGUCCUCCUCCGGCCCCUGGCCCUCCACCCAGCUCGCCAGGGCCUGGCAGCUCGCCAGACACAGCAAUGGCGGACGGAGCCCACCCACCCAGCGCUGGGAGGCCCAGCGUCGCCUCGGAGGGCGAAGACGCUUCGCCUGGCCGGGAGGACCUCAUGGACGACCUCCCCGUGCUGCCUGCCUACCGCCCGCUGCCGCCCUUGGACGACACCCCGGUGCCGGCCGCAGGAACGCCGGCUGCGCCGCAGCUGGCACCCAGGCAGCUGGAGCAGCAGUUCUACAGCAGCCUGCAGAUUUUGGACAGCGUUCAGGCGCACCUCACGGAGGUGGACCUCUUGGCGCAGCACAAGGCGUUGCGGCAGCAGCACCGGCUGGAGCUCGAAGCCCAAUCGAGGAAAGAGCGGAAGGAAGGGCUGGAAGCGCAGGUAGCGCAGCAGGCGCAGCUGGAGUCGGCCCUCGCGUGGCUGGAGGCCAUGCGCCGGUCGCAGCAGCAGCUACUGGAGCAGUUCCAGUGCUCAGAGGCCUCGGCGGCGGAGGAGCGCGCAGCUUGGCGCCGGGAGAUGGCCGCAAGGGAGCUGCAGCGGCAAGAGGAGGCGGACCUCUUAGAGGUGGAACGCUUGGAGAAGGAGCAGUCCAUCCUGGAGCGGCGCAGGGAGCUGCUGCUGCUGCUGGGCGGCGGCUUUCAGACCUGA